AAAGAUACUUCCUGCCAUGCAGAGAAUUGUUACAAGGUUCCAAGAGGAGCGAAUGACAGAGGGCAAAAUUUGCAAGUUUUUACUCCUGGCAAAGGAUCCUAUAAAGGAUCGACUCACUGGCAUACAGAACACAGUGGACAAGUAUGCACCCUGACCUGUCAGCUCACCUGCAUUCAGAGGAGUGUAAUAUUGUCAUUGACCGUCUCAAACAGUGCCAUAAUGAACAUGGCUUCAUGAAGUUUCUUGGAAAAUGUAAUGAUAUUGACCAAGAGAUGAGACAUUGCUUAAGUGCUGAGCGGAAAUCCAAAAGAGCCAAAAGCAGAGAACACGCUGCUAAGAUGCAAAAGCGGCUAAAUGAGGCUUCCAAGUGACUUUCACCCCCAUCCAGACUGUGAACUGUUGUCAAAAUGCACUGGGACACUGUGGUGGUUCAUAGAAACUGCAGCCAUAUACAGUUCUUGUUUGUUAGCUCAUAAUAUGAUUGCAAUUUUCAUUAUUUAUACCCAGAUUCAGCGGGUUAUCUUUUGUUAAUCUUUCAAAAUUAAAGUGAUACAUGUCUUGAGAGCUAAAAAUUAUUAAAUUCUGUAAACUUUA